CGUGCGGGAGCGCGCCCGGGAGUGCGCAGGGCGGCGGCGCGGGCACGGGGGCGCGCGGUGACCGUUGGCGCUGAGGGGAGGAGGCAGCGCGGCCGCCGCCGUUGCGCAGAUCCGGGCGGCUGCUGUGGGGAGGGCGCCGGGGCCAGUGACCUUCCGGAGGCGGGAGCGAGCCAGGGGGCCCGGACGCCGAGCGCCGCCGCCGCCGCCGCCGCCAUGAACAACUCGGGCGCCGACGAGAUCGGGAAGCUGUUCGUGGGCGGCCUUGACUGGAGUACCACCCAAGAGACCCUGCGCAGCUACUUCUCCCAGUAUGGAGAGGUCGUGGACUGCGUGAUCAUGAAGGACAAGACCACCAACCAGUCUCGAGGCUUUGGGUUUGUCAAAUUCAAAGACCCCAACUGCGUGGGCACGGUGCUGGCCAGCAGACCGCACACCCUUGAUGGCCGAAACAUCGACCCAAAGCCAUGUACACCUCGGGGGAUGCAGCCGGAGAGGACGCGGCCGAAGGAAGGAUGGCAGAAAGGACCCAGGAGCGAUAACAGUAAAUCAAAUAAGAUAUUUGUCGGUGGAAUUCCCCACAAUUGUGGUGAGACAGAGCUCAGGGAAUACUUCAAGAAAUUCGGAGUGGUCACAGAAGUGGUCAUGAUCUACGACGCGGAGAAGCAGCGGCCUCGAGGUUUUGGAUUUAUUACUUUCGAGGACGAACAAUCAGUGGACCAGGCUGUCAACAUGCAUUUUCACGACAUCAUGGGCAAAAAAGUGGAAGUUAAGCGGGCCGAGCCUCGGGACAGCAAAAGCCAAGCACCAGGACAACCGGGUGCCAGCCAGUGGGGCAGCCGGGUCGUGCCCAGUGCCGCCAACGGCUGGGCAGGCCAGCCCCCGCCCACGUGGCAGCAAGGAUACGGCCCACAAGGAAUGUGGGUGCCGGCAGGACAGGCGAUCGGUGGCUACGGUCCGCCUCCUGCGGGAAGAGGAGCUCCCCCCCCACCCCCGCCGUUCACCUCUUACAUCGUGUCCACCCCUCCUGGAGGGUUCCCGCCUCCUCAGGGCUUCCCCCAGGGCUACGGCGCCCCGCCACAGUUCAGUUUUGGCUACGGGCCUCCACCUCCCCCACCAGAUCAGUUUGCCCCUCCGGGGGUCCCCCCUCCACCGGCCACUCCGGGGGCUGCACCUUUGGCCUUCCCACCACCUCCGUCUCAGGCCGCCCCUGACAUGAGCAAGCCGCCAACCGCCCAGCCCGACUUCCCGUACAGUCAGUAUGGCCUGGGUACCUAUUCUCCAGACCCGCCAGGCUUCGGCCCACACUUUGUUUACACCCUUAUGGUCGGGCUGAGCAGUGAUGUGGCCUAGGGUAUGGACAGGACUUGGCCGGCUUCGGACAGGGCUUCUCAGACCCCAGCCAGCAGCCCCCCUCCUACGGAGGCCCCUCGGUGCCAGGCUCAGGGGGUCCCCCCGCCGGCGGAAGUGGCUUUGGACGCGGUCAGAACCACAAUGUGCAAGGAUUCCACCCCUACCGACGCUAGCUGCGGGCGCCACGUGGACAUCAGGCGGCUGAGACCCAGGAUUCGAACUUGUGAACUCGUGACAAUCACAGACUUGGGCAGAGAUACCGACUCAACCAGGGGGGUGGGGGGGGCGAGAGGCUUUGGAAGUGGCUGUGGGUAUCUGGACUGAAGUUUUUAAAUAUAUUUCUUUCUCUAACCCAUCAGCACAAUAAAAAAAAAGUCACUGGUUCAACAACAGGGUUUAAAGAAAAAGUCUUCAGCUUUAAUUCAAAACUUCAGGUUUCUUUUUCUUCCUUUUUUUUUUGAAAUUAUUUUCCUGAGCCUUUUGUUUUACCGUAUAUUGUAAACUUUUAUGUUAAAGAAAAAAAUAUACAUUUACAAAUUGUGAGAUUUUUAAGAGAAAUUUUCUACGAUGUAUACUGGCUUAUUUUUUAAUUUAAAACAGGGUUUCCGUCGGCACUGGUGGAGGUGAGGGGCGUUUUUAGUCCCUCACUCCUGGCUUUGAGGGUUGGGACUCUUUGGUCCAGAAACUCUGGGAGCUUGAAGAAGAAGUCCUACUGAGUGUGUUUUGUUUUUGUUUAUUCCUUGCUUUUGUCGACUGACGUGCCUGGCAGUGUCUGCAGGCGCGCUGUGGGGGCCGCGCCGCCUGCGUCUGGCCCGGCGUGCAGGACCAGGAGGCCCGCAUCCCAUGCCCGCACACGUGGCUUCGGGGCAUCCCCGCUGAGCAGUUUGAAUAAAGAAAGUGAGUUUGGAUUAGAAA